AGCACAACACUGUAGUAGAAGAAGAGUCGUGACAUUCAGCGUUCACAUGCCUCGAAAAUUCUUCUAAAUUACAAAAUGAAUACUUUACUAGCGUCCUUUGCCCGUUUGCGCAGACUAACGCAUUUAAACAGCAUCCCAGCAUCAAACCUCUUUGUGAAUGGGAACGCUCACCUCCGAUUCUUCAGCAGCUGUUUUGUCCCUAGAACUCCAGUGGAUCAACAGAUUUCUUCCCGGGCCGAGGGCGCUAUGGUCUUCAGGCAGCUUCCGUGGCAAUACCAGCAAGUGCGAACCAAGAAAAGAGGAACCGAGUAUCAGCCUAAAAACCUCAAACGCAAGAGGACCCACGGCUGGAUCAAGAGGCUCAGUACUCAAGGUGGAAUAGAGGUGCUCCUGCGGCGGAUGUUGAAGGGACGAAAAUCACUCUCGCACUGAACAUUGAGGGUUGGAGAGCAAGACUUUCUGGUUAUGAAAUCCUACUUAAGAACCCGAGAACUGUAAUGUGUAGGGAAGUGAUACUUGGGGUGGAUUGGGCAGUCGUCAGUGAUGGGAGAAACCGUCUUUCAGAAACUAUCUCAAUUGUCUUGAUAAAUACUGUAGGUGUGUUCUUUCAUCAAGAUGCGCCCCUGUAUUAAUAAAUGACUUAUUAAAUUCCUCUCAGAAUUAGCUUGUGAGAAGAUGUAUUUUGUGAAAUCAUCUAUCAUCCUCGAUUUUCUAUAGUGUCUAUGGGUCAGUGGCCUACGCUUUUGAUUUAAAUCAAAUAUUUCAACUAGGGCUGUCAAAAUUAUCGCGUUAACGCGCGGUAAUUAAUUUUUUUGAUUAAUCAUGUUAAAAUAUUUGACGCAAUUAACGCACAUGUCCCGCUCAGACAGUAUUCUGCCUUUUGGUAAGUUUUACAGCAAGGUUUUUUGUGCUGUCUAACAGCGAACUCUUGUGGUCGCUUUGUGACAUGGUUUAUUGCUUUCUUGCCAGUUCAAUAUGGCUGCACGACGUCUCGGGCUGACGCCUACAUGGUAAUGUUGUGCUUAUAUGAUCCUUGGACAAGAUUUGUCCAUAAGUAUGGUGGUUGUAAAGAAUGUACAUAUUAUGUUAGUAAGCGAAAUGUCAUAUUUUUUGUAUGAGACGCUUUUUGUUUAUGUUUAGUGAACCUGUAUAGCGUGCUAAGCUAACGUUAUUGCUAAUGCAAUGCUUGUGUACUUUUUUUUGUUGUUUCACUACGGUCUAAAGAGGACAG